AUGAGCUUCUCUGAUUUGGCUGCUAAGAGAGAAGCCAGGUUGAAAACCCAGCAGAAGCGACAGGAAGCUGAAAAUGUGGACGCUAGACCAACUGAACUAUCAACAGAAGUACCAACCGAAGCCAGUACGUCUUCUCAUAGAUUGGAAGAAGAGGAUUUGAUAAAAGUACUGAACGUUGACGUGGAAAUACGACAAACAAAGGAUAAAGGAAGAGGUUUAUUUGCGAGGAGGGAUUUGAAGCCUGGCCAUACUGUUCUAUCUACAAUACCAACAGUUAUAGCUCUAGACAAACAACAUAUCAGUCAGUUUUGCUCAUACACAGCUCAAAGUGAAUAUGGUGGCUUGUUUGCAAGCGAGUUAGGUACAAUGAAGAAACUGGCGCGUUGUUCACUAUGCAAGACUAUCUUCUACGCAUCCAAAGAAGCGCAGAAAUCUGACUGGCCUAUCCAUAAGAACGAAUGUUUAUGUUUGCGUUCAUUAGGUUCUUCAUCCAUACCGCAGGAUUCUGUUCGUGCAUUAGCCAGGUUCGUCUGGAUGAAGGACCACAAGCGCACUCUUGGAGACAACGAAUGGGGUCAGUCUGUUGAAGAUAUGUAUGAUGCUUAUGACAAUUAUACCGAAGAGCAGAAGAUUGGUUUAGGGAAUAAGGCGAAAGAGUUCUUUGACUUUUUCACCCAAGGUGGUAAAGAUCGCGAAGCAAUGUCUAGAUAUAACCUAUCAAUUUCAUAUAUCAUGAGGAUGCUUUGCAAAAUUCAAACCAAUGGGUUUGCACUCUCAGGUUCAGACUUCAUGGAGAUUGGUACAGCAAUAUGUCCUCUUGCAGCAUGUAUCAACCACAAUCAGGAGUAUAAUUCAACAGUAUUGUUUACUCAGGAGGAUAACAGACUCAGUGUCGUCGCAUUUAAGGGCAUUGAAAAGGGUGAUGAGAUAACAACAACUUACGUAGAUGGUGCAGAGCCAUGGGAUGCACAGCGUAACCAACUACUUAAGCAGUAUCUGUUCGAUAUUGGUCCUGGACCAGAUACAGAUUCCAAAGUUGACGCGUUUGAUCAGCAUGAAGGACAAAAAGUCGCGUUGAAAUUGGCAAAACCAUUGCAAUCAGCUGAAAAGUGGAUGACAAGUGAUCCAAUUAAGGCUUUCAACCAACUGCAACCACAUUAUGAAAGCGUGGUAAAGACAUACCCACCUCAUUCAUACCAUAGAUUGAGAUAUUUGAGAAGCUGUUUUACAGCUAUGACUGCUAUUUCGUAUAUGGAUGAUAUGCCAUCGUGGGCUCCAUCUAUGGCAGUCGAAUUGGCUAAAGCUACACUAGAAUCAACAAAGGCAAUACUACCAUAUGGUCAUCCCGUACGCGGUCUGAUGCUAGUCGAAUUGUCUAAGCAAAUGUUAGCGAAUAGAAAUGAAGAAAAGGGCACUUCUGAGCAAACAGUUGUUAAGAAGUUAACAAACUGCAUAACGAUAACUGAAGAAGCACUUGCAGAAGUAAAGAUAGGCUAUGGGAAAGGAAGUUACUUCUCACGUGGCCUUGAAAAGCAGCUUCAGGAUAUAAAACUUGAGAUACAUUUUAGGAAUAUGGCACAGAUGUCGAUCAGUCAAAGUUAAU